AUGGAGGAAUUGGAAUUGACUCGUAGCCAAUUAAAGGAACUGCGAGAUCUUGUAGCUGUAGAUCCAGGAAAUGCGACAGAUUUAUUAGAGGCUAUUACUGGUUUGGAAGAGCUGGAGAUAUUGCAGUCUCAAUUGAUUGCAUCGAACGAAGCGUCUGCAGUUGCAACGUCAAAUGAGGCUUCAAAUAAUUUAGAGGGAGAUAACGAACACGAUACAGACAAUCUAUUCGAAUCAGGAUCGCUAUGCUGUGUACCGUAUCAGACAAGUGACAAAACCACUGUGCUACUUCCAGCAAUAAUACUCGUGUCUGAACCUUCCGCGGUCAAAGUCUUGAUCUCGAACCCAGUAGACACUAUCACUACUCCGUGCCCAGGAUUUCUAUCUUCAACCUGUAAAAAAUCGAAUUGCAGACAGUCUCACGGCCUCGAUAUUGACUCUGAACUGGUGUUUGAUAUAGACAUAGUUACCUCGCAGGCUGUCAAAGUGGAGGGAAGAGCUCUUUGUAGAUAUAGUGACGAUAUCUAUUACAUGGCACGAGUAUUAGAGAAGAGAUCUGACGGGUCGUAUUUGGUGCAAUAUGAAGGGUACACGGACAAGCAGGUCGUAAAACCCGAUCAGAUAAUACCGCACGUAUUAGAUAAUCCAGUUAAUCCCUCUGCAAAUGAUAGCAAUGAUGGUAACGAUGACAAGGACGAUAAUGCUAGUGAUGAAGGCCUGGAAGGAUACGAGUACGGUGAUGAAUCUGGUGACGAGGAGUCAGGGGACGAAGCUACGACCACGUUUGCUCGUAUUCAUUUCGCUACUGAAAGUGGUGAAUCAUUAGGUGAAUGGGAGCAGCAUACGAAAGGCAUUGGCUCGAAACUCUUGGCUAAAAUGGGGUAUAGGGCUGGCAUGGGCCUUGGUAGAGAUAAUCAAGGCAUUGUAACACCUAUAGAAGCCGAUAUUAGAGUAUCCAAACGAGGUCUUGGUGCUGAAGAGAUCCAAAAGACGAAGAAGAAACGGAAGAGGAAGAAGAAGGAUGUUGGCAACAAUAACGUAGGAGCAAGUAAAAUCAAACGGAAUCGUAAAUCAGCUACAGCCAUAUUCGACUUUUUGAAUCGAAAAUUGAAUAACCAACAACAUCAUGAAACCAUUGCUGAAAAGCAGCCUGUAGACUCGAAAGACGCCAAACCUCAAGUCAGCACCAGAGCUUCCAUAAAUGUACAGCUUCUAAAGCUUCAAGAACGUGAAGAAGUUAUCAAGAAGGAUCUAGCUCGAGCUAGAGAAGCUCUGACACGAAAUAAGAAGGACGCCGUUGUGGCAAACCAGUAUCAGCAACGUAUAGAUCUGUAUGAGACGGCUCUAGAAGCACUGGGACGAAAACAACGAGAACUUACCAACAAGCAAAAAGUUGACAAGGAUAGAGCUAAACUCACAAUAUUUUAA